UAUCCACUUUCUUUAAUGUACAUAACCGUGAUAUAACCUAAUUACCUAACCUCUAAUAUCAAGUUUUUUAUUGAACGAUUUUUAGGCCAAAAUGGACAUAACAUUAUUAAUUGCAUUGGCAGCAGUUACACUAUUAAUACUCUUGAGUAUAGGGCUGUUUUUCAACACAAGGAAUACUCCUAAGAUUAAACCUCCAGCUCAAAAUCGUGCUCAACGACCAAAUGAUGGAGUACCAAGGAGGGCACAAAUUGCAAGAAACAGGGGAAUGCAUAUGCGUGGUGCGGGAGGACGAAGACAAGCUGAUUCGGAAGAUGAAGAGGAACCUGUCGAACGCACUCCUGAUUUGCCAGAUGAAAAAAUGGGAGUGAAGAAAAGAGCGAAGUUGGAAGCAAAGGCUGAGAAAAAGGCACAACGUGAAGCAGAAGAACAACGAAGGAGUGAAAAGAAAAAAAGGGACCAGCAAGCAGAGGAAGAGAGGCAAAAGUUAGAUGAAAAAAGACAAUUAGAGGAAAAGCGAAUUGAAGAAGAACAACGUAAGUUAAAAGAAGAAAAAGAAAAACAAGAGUACGAAGAAUACUUAAAAAUGAAAGAAGCCUUUAGCGUUGAAGCAGAAGGAUUUGAUGAAGGCGAGAGUGAGGACAGUCAAAAUUUGCUUCAAGAAUUUGUUUCCUAUAUUAAAAAAAAUAAGGUCGUUGUUAUUGAGGAUUUGGCUGCACAAUUUAAACUGAAAACUCAAGCUGCUAUCGAUAGAAUUCAAGAUUUACAAAAGGACGACAUCCUAACUGGCGUGAUCGACGACCGUGGAAAAUUUAUUUACGUUUCACGUGAAGAAAUGGAGGCAGUUGCAAAGUUUAUCAAGCAACGGGGUCGAGUGUCUAUAUCAGAACUUGCUGAAAAUAGUAAUCAUCUUAUAAACCUAACACCUCAAGUUUCUGCAUAGAUUGUUGUAGUUAUUGAUUAUAAAAGUUAUUCCAUUAAAUUAUGAGUUUUACACUGAA